AACAACCCAUUGGGUCGGUAUCCCAAUUAAUGUUCCAACUUCCAGAUAGGGAGAUAUCAUCCAAAUUGCCGCCCCUUUUUUCUUCUCUCUUCUCUCUAAAAUCUCACAUUCUCUCUCUGUCUCUCUGUCCAAAUCUUCGAGUCUUACCAGAUUCAAAAAAGCUUCUCUACUUUUUGCUCGCCAUGUCCGUGCGCAGACGAACUUUGCUUAAGGUCAUCGUCCUCGGCGACAGUGGGGUUGGUAAGACGUCAUUGAUGAAUCAAUAUGUACAUAAGAAGUUCAGUCAGCAAUAUAAAGCUACAAUUGGGGCUGAUUUUGUCACCAAAGAACUACAAAUUGAUGACAGGCUUGUCACUCUACAAAUAUGGGACACAGCUGGGCAGGAGAGGUUUCAGAGUCUCGGUGUUGCCUUUUAUAGAGGGGCAGAUUGCUGUGUUCUUGUAUACGAUGUUAAUGUCAUGAAAUCAUUUGAUACUCUUAACAAUUGGCAUGAAGAAUUUCUCAAACAGGUUAGUUACCAUCUUUAUCUCAUUGCUGCCAAUGUUGAACAAUUUGUCAUAUAA